UUGGUGGCCUACCUUGGUUUGUUUAUGCUUUGUGUCUCAUAUCAAGUUGAUGAACAGACAUGUAUCCAGUUUGUUAUGAAACUACUGUACUUUUUGCUGAGUGCCCUUGGCUUGAUGGUCUGUGUGCUGGCCGCAGCGUUUGCUGCCCACCACUAUUCACUGCUCAACCGGGUUACCUGUGGGACCGCGCUCGACGCCUGUCACUGCAAAGUGCCCACCUCCGAGCCUCUCAGCAGGACCUUUGUGUACCGGGAUGUGACUGACUGUACCAGCAUCACUUUCACUUUCAAAGUGUUCUUACUCACCCAGAUGAUUCUUAACUUGGUGUGUGGCCUUGUGUGCCUACUGGCCUGCUUUGUGAUGUGGAAGCACAGGUACCAGGUCUUUUAUGUGGGUGACAGGAUGUACUCCCUCACAACUUCCCAAGGCCAGCAGCAAAAGGUCUAACACUCUUGCUCAAAGGUGGGAGAGAAAAACAGCACACUGACUAGCUGAGGUUAAAAGAGAAACAAAAGAAAAAGAAGAGAGAGUAAAAACUCUGACAGUAACUAGUAUUCAUGGUUCUAAAUGAAUAUUUUUAUAUUUUUCAGAAAAUGAAAGCAUUUCUUCAAGUUUUCUAUAGUAUUUUUUACAAAUUCUUGUGAGAAAAAUGAGAUCCAAAUUGACGUUGGGACAGUAAAAGGACACCGAAUGGGGAAAGGCUAGCAUAGAUUUAUCUUCACAGUCUGGAGUUUACUCCUUAUGUUCAUUUUAUCCAUUACUUGUGUAAUCUUCUUUCCUGUUAGUCUAGUUUGGAGGUGCAAAUUGCCAUUUCAGGCCCACAUGCUCAAUUUUGUAGUCUUUUCCAGGCCUCCUACCUCCCACCUGGACGUUCUCACUAUGCCUUGGAGAAAGGCAGGGGCCGGGGAAAGAGCUGAUCGGCCAGACAUCUCUAUUUUCCAUGGCAGAGAUGUCUUCGAGGCGUGAAACAAGUUAAAGGAGCAGAAUAGAAAAGGAAGAGACUUUUGAAUAAUUAUGAACACCUGGGCUGGGGCAGCAGCCUUUUCUCCCCAGCUGCCUGUGUUCGGCUCUGUAAGUAGAUCGCUUACUAAAUGCUUCAGGUGAUUGUCUGCGUCUCCAUAAUUGAAAGUUGGUAGUAGUUGUAUUCUUAAUGAUGUAGAAGGCUUACAAUAAUCACAUUAUGCUUCUAUUCUAUCAUCUAAAACAAAUCAUUAAAACCAAUUUCAAGCUAAUUGUUCAUUAUAAUUAUACUCAGAAGUCUAUUUAACAAGCCCUAGUUGAACUUAGGGAGCACAGUCGGUGUUAAGAGACGUGACUCUCACAGAGAAGAGGCUUAAAGAUGGUUUCUCCUGAAAGCCACGCUUUAUAAGGGAGAAAACAAUUUUAAUUAAUAGCGCAGGUUAAAUAUACUCAUUUAAACAAACACAAGAGCAUUUGUAACAGGAAUGGUUAUACAAAUAGCACAUUUGUGAUAGGUUGUGAAGUGUCUCUCUUGGCAGCUAAGUACUUUUGAGGAAGAUUGGGUAAUGCCCACGUGUUUCAUUCACAAAACUGUAUUUGAUAUGCAAUCCUAUUAUUGAUUUGUAUGCACAGUGAAACCUAGAGAUUAAAACGUUUGGAAAGCUUAUUUGAUUGAACAUUUGCACAUUGACUUGAAGGGUAGUUUUUGUUUUUAAGUAACUGACAUAAAAAAAGCACAAAUUCCCUAUGUAGGGAGACUUUUCUCUCUUAUUAUUGCUAUUAUUAAAUUUGGAACAAUGUCAGUGUUUUAAGGAAGGAGCUCAGAAUGCAAAUUCAUGCACCAUGAAUGUUACCAAGAACUUUUUCUCUUAUUAUGCUCUGUUGAAAUUCAAGAUAAUAAUUGAGUUCAAGUUGCUUUUCCAUGUUGCUUAUAAACUUUACUAAUUAUAAAAUUCUACCCUAAAAGAAAAACAUUUUCUUGUUUGCCUUAGAAUAUAGAUGAAUAUUUCUACUGA